AUGUGCUGCCCACAUGGAUAUGCUUGCCAGGAUCGGAGCUGUGUGCUCGUUAAUGCAUCCUCAGAGCCCGUUCGAUCUCCGGAGCCCGCCCCGUCAGCCUCGAUAUCCAUUUCUCCAACAACCCCUCCGUCCUCUACAUCUAAACCCACAUCAACAGAGGCACCAGCGACUUCCCCCGCUGCAGAGCAAAAAUGCAAUAAUUUCCCACCUGGCGCGAUCGCGGCGGGCUUCGUUCCAGGAAUCGUCUGUGGAAUUAUUAUCAGCGUGAUAUUCAGUUGCCUAAGGAGAAAGUCAGCCAAAAAAUCCCAAGCCUUGCAUCCUGACGCCGGAAAUUAUCGACAAAAGUCCGUGGACGGUACUAUGAUCUCGAUAUCAGACCCCAUGCCGUCCAGUGCACAAGAUUCCUUUAGGACCGACUUCCUACGGCAACAGGCAAGCUACUACGAGUCUGAAAAUAACAAUAACCGUCGGUCACGCAUUCAACGUACAAGUGAUCGAGUCAGGAGUCUCUUUGCUCCAAAGUUCUCCGUCAUAACGGACCCGCCGCCUCCAGAUGUUCCGCCAAUGUCAGUGACACCACAGAACAGGGCAUUUCCGCAACGAUCGUCCAGCACCGAAAGCAUCAAGGUGUACAGCCCUGUAUACCUGGGAAAUGAGAAUCGAUUGAAGCCUCCAAUAGGCUUGACUGCAUCCGGAAGACCGCCAACCACCUUCACCGAAAUGAUGGAGCGGGUUGGGUUUCAAAAUGGCCGAGGAAGUCCUUGCUACCCCGUUUCGAGUACGCCGCCACCACCAAUCUCGAAAUCUUCUACAGGAAGUCCAUUAAAGCAAAUAUAG